CAGAUGUAAAACGUGACGCGGUGAUGCGACAGCUGUUCAUAUUGACCAAGAUGGAUCGAGAAAGAUGUUCAGCCAACGGGAAAUUUAUUCAGCAGUGAAUUUAGAUUAAUCCUGCAGUUUAUUCAGGGUUCAUUCGACACUAAACUCGUUCAUAUGAAAAACUAAAUGUGCUGAAAUGAGUCUCGCGCGUGAAUGCACACGAUCGGAGAGCAAGACUCAUUUGUUUUCACACAGAGAUUACAGAGUCAUCAGGAAGAUCGGAGAGGGAACUUUCUCUGAGGUGAUGAAGGUGCAGAGUCUGAAGGACGGGAAACAUUACGCCUGUAAAACCAUGAAACAGACCAUCGAGAGUGUGGAUCAGGCUCACGGUCUCAGGGAGGUUCAAGCCAUGAAGCGCUUGAGUCCUCAUCCCAACAUCCUCCAGCUUCACGAGCUCAUCUACGAUAAAGACACUGGCACUCUGUCGCUGAUAUGCGAGCUCAUGGAAAUGAACAUAUACGAGUUCAUCAAAGGGCGGCAACAUCCGGUGUCUGAGAGCAAAGCCAAGCACUACAUGUAUCAGCUGUGCCGGUCUCUGGAUCACAUGCACAGCCAUGGAAUAUUCCACAGAGAUGUGAAGCCGGAGAACAUCUUGAUCAAAAAUGAUGUGCUGAAGCUGGCAGACUUCGGCUCCUGCAGGAGCAUCUACUCCAAACCUCCUCACACCGAGUACAUCUCCACCCGCUGGUACCGCGCGCCGGAGUGUCUGCUGACCGACGGACACUACUCUCAGAAGAUGGACAUGUGGAGUGCUGGAUGUGUCUUCUUUGAAAUCCUCAGUUUGAGCCCUUUAUUCCCUGGACGUAACGAGUUAGACCAGGUCAACAAGAUCCAUGAUGUGUUGGGAACGCCGGACGGCACGCUGCUGCAAAAGUUCAAACAGUCUCGUGCGAUGCGCUUCGAUUUCCCACCUCGCAAAGGCUGCGGGAUCUCUCAGCUGGUUCCUCACUGUUCUGCAGCCGGCCUGUCUCUGCUGCACCAGAUGUUGAACUACGACCCCGAGGAGCGCAUCAGCGCCCGCGCAGCACUGCAGCACCCCUGCUUCAGAGAGCUGCGAGUGGCGGAGAGGAAAGCAGCGAGUCUGCGGAAGGCGGUGGGAGCGGCGGACGGAGAGUCCAGCGGGACGUCUGUGGAUCAGCUGUGGCGUCUCGCUCGACAGGGCAGAAGACAGCAUCUCAAGCACGCCGGCGACCCGCUCAGCCGACGAAACGCCUCUCAUUUCCCUCUGGAGCUGCCCAAACUCAACGUCGUGGUCCCAACACCAAAAAUCCCAUACCCGGUGUCCAGCUUCCCAGCCCUGACGGUUUCUCACCGCGGCUCUCUGCCUGCCAUCUCAAAAAAGUGCCACUCACGUCUGACCAAACCCAAAGAGGAGCCACACCAUUUCAAGAGCUACUACAUGCCUCCACUGGAGCGCCACCCGCAGGACUACUGAUGUCAGCAAGCCACGCCCCCAAACCCAGAGGACUACUGAUGUCAGCAAGCCACGCCCCCUGAACCCACAGAACUACUGAUGUCAGCAAGCCAUGCCCCCAAAUCCAGAGGACCAAUGCAAGUAAUGGCGUGUCUGCAGGAUUGGUUUAUAUCAAUGUUGUUUUGAACAGUCAACAGACUGAAAAUGUCAACAUUUCCAUUUCACGUAAUAAAAUAAAGGUCUUUGUACACACAGAAACAUGCAGUUUUCAAACCAAAACAAGCUAAUAUUUGCAUGGGAUCUCAAAUCACAUGAUUACUUGAUUACAUUUUGUUUGAUUGCUGAAAACAGAUUCUAUAAGAAGUAGAUGCAGCUUAAAUCUAAAGCAGCAGACUUUCAUUCUACAUUCGACCAUCAUUUAACCCAAAGCAGACUCUCUGAAUGAGACCGAUCGGUGCCAUUCGUUUCUGUUCUUCCCGCUCUUAUUAUUACACUCUAUAUUUCCAGAGAUGCUUGCGGCUCACAGCAGCUUAAUGAAUAUUAUUGGAUAAAAGUUCAUUAGGAUUGUAAUAAAGGGGUUUUACUUUACACUUGUUCAAAGUGCGAUGUUUAGACAUCAUAAAUUAGUAUUGCUUUUAAAUGAUCACUUACCAUCACUAAUGAACACUGAUUUACAACUAACAGAUCAGUCUGAACCACACUGGGAAGAUUUACAUUAAUGCAUUUUUGCAUGAAAUUCACAAAGCACUGUGAACAAUAACAAUAAUCAGCAUAAAUAAAAGUUAGCUUUAAAAAAGUAAUAAAAAAACCUAAAAUUUAUUAUCUUUUCAAAGGUUAUGAAAGCUGGUUGGACCUGCUGAAGUACAUUAAUACUGCUUUAUACACCCUAGAGUUUCUCAAAAACAUGUUUAAGUUCUUCUAUACCAUGGUGAAAAGGCACAAACCCUAGUAAAAGAAAGAGCUAGUACACAAAACAUGACAGCCAAAGACAAUACACACGAGACCAAACAUCCAUGGACUUUUUUAAUGAAGAACAAAAUGUGAAAUGCAAAAUGUUAACCACAUGAAUCAAAAAUAUGACCACGUCUUUCCCGGUUAGUGUAUAUUUCAUUAACAAUGACUGGUAGUCACAAAAAAGGGUAUGUUAUGACAUUUAAUAGUGUCACACUGUAAGAUUCUACUGGGCGACUUUAAACCUAGUUGUUCCUAGUGGGUUUUUCUUAGUAGUACAUAGAAUAACUUUGCUGUUGGUAAGCAAAAUAUGAACUCUUGAAACUCUUGUCAUAAGAUUUGUUUUCUUCGUCUGCUAGACUUCCUGAGCUUCAUACGUUUUAUUAGCAGCGUCCGACGCUCUGCUGCCAGACGACACAAUCUAGCGUUUCGCAUACAUAAAUCUCCUAUAUCAAAAUACAUUUGGGUGACUUUUGUACAAGAGACAAGGAAAAAUGGAAAAAAAAAAAAAAAAAAAAAACAGAAA